UAACACUCACACGGUUGCCAUGGACCUGCAUAAGCAGUGGGAGAACACAGAGACUAACUGGCACAAGGAAAAGAUGGAGUUACUGGACCAGUUUGACAAUGAAAGGAAAGAAUGGGAGAGUCAAUGGAAAAUCAUGCAGAAGAAGAUAGAAGAGCUUUGCCAUGAAGUGAAGCUUCGGAGGAAAAUCAACAUGAAUGAACGUGCUAAGAUCCUUGAUCAUGAUCGUGAAAAAGCGAUUCAAGAUAAAGUGGUGGAAUCUUCUCCAAAUUACCCCAAUUCAGGACAAUGCGAAUUUACAGGGAUGAAUCACGGGGAUGAUCUGGAAAAAGAAAAUAAAACAGAGCAGAGCUUACUCCGUGAAGGAAAUCAAAUGUGUAAGGAACAAAAAACAACAAAAAAGUCAAAAGUAGGGAUUAUGGAUCCUUUGGCCACAGAUAACCAAAAACAAUGUGGGGCGUGCCCUGGCCUGAGGCCUUCCAGGGUAGAGGACAGGAGCUGUUCUGGCGCCCUCAACACAGCUCUGGAAGAACUUGCGAAAGUUAGUGAAGAAUUAUACAGCUUUCAAGAGGAAAUCCAAAAGCAGUCUAACCACAGAAGAAUGAAGUCAGAUUCUUUUCUUCAGGAAAUGCCCAAUGUAAUUCAUAUGCGUCACAGAGACCACAUGAUCAACGAUGGCCAGGGCAUUCUUCCGAUUGAUUUAGAAAAAGAAAAGCAGAAAAAUAGAAAGAAUCUGAGCUGUUCCAGUGCGCUCCAAAGCAAUUCUAUGAAAAAAUAUGAAUUUGAUACAAUUGAUCUGCAAAGAAAUGAAAUUCCACCACUUCCUCCUCCAAGAAGCACAUCUCGAAAUUUUCCCAGCUCAUUUUCUGAACAAGCUCAUGAAAGUUUGAAGGACAGUUUAGACCACAACAGCCACAUGGCCCAAGAGGGUCAAGGUGAAAGGAACUACAGUCCUGAUUUCCUUUUGAGGCUGUGUCUAAAUGAAGGGAAGACUUUGAAAGAUGGUAUCAUGUUCCCUUUGUUGGCACCCAAAACCAAAAUAGAUAACCAGCAUCCAUGUGAUGAAAGUGUUGGACUUGGCAUGUGGUCAUAUGACACAGGGAUCAGUGCAAAAAAUAGUCCCUCUACAUUGUGGUAUCAGAAAAUCUGCUCUACUCCCAAUAAGCCAAAAUGUGAAAAGAUGAUUCCAGAUCAUUCUGCUAAAUCUCAUCCUGAUCUUCAUAUAAGUAGUGACUGUAGCUCUUCAGUGACAGAGAGCAGUGGGUCACUUAGAAGUUUCAGUUGUGACUUUAAGAGGACAACUAGGAAUGAAAAGCUGGCAGCAAAGACUGAUGAAUUUAACAGAAUUGUAUUUAGAACAGAUAGAAAUUGUCAGGCAAUACAGCAAAAUCAAAGCUACUCAGAAUCAUCUGAAGAUCCUAAGCCCUGUGAUACCUUAAUUACUCAUACAGGUAACAUAUCAGAAAAUGAUGAUGUGUCUGAUAUUCUGAAAACCAGUGUCCACGUGCCCGUGCCUGUGCCCAGAGAAAAUGUGCCUGACAAUCCCACCAAAAAAUCCACAACAGGCCUCAUCAGACAAAUGCAGGAACACAUGAGUCCUAGCAGUUAUCGGAGUAUGCUCCAAGAGCACGACUGGAGACCAAGUAAUUUGUCUGGCCGGCCAAGAUCAGCUGAUCCUAAGUCAAAUUAUGGUGUUGUGGAAAAGCUGCUGAAAACCUAUGAGAAGUCAACAGGGCCUGCAUUGCAAAAUUCUAAAUGCUUCCAGGAUAAUUGGACCAGAUGUAAUUCUGAUGUCAGUGGUGGGUCCACAUUAAGUCAGCAUUUACAAAUACUUCAAUUAGAACAAGAGCUUCAGCAAAACACAGCUAUGUAUGGAGCACAGCAAGUUAAACGACGAGUAGAUUGGAAAAAGAUAACAGAGGAAUCCAUGGCAGUGAAAUCUUCACCUGGAAAAGGAUUUUCCCGACCUGCUAGACCAGCAAAUCGCCGUCUCCCAUCCAGAUGGGCCUCGAGAUCUCCAUCGGCGCCCCCCGCCUUGCAGAGAACUACCCCCAGCUAUACCAUUUCUCUGCAAUCUGCAGCAUCGAUGGUCUGAGUCUCUGGCCUGGAUUGCUAGAUGACAAAAGUCCUAAUUGCCAAACAGAGCAUUCUGAGUGUUUACAGCCAAUCCGGUCUCUUCUCUGUCUUUCAAGAUCACUGGGACAGACAGUUUAAAUCUUAACUUCCCAUCAGUCUUCAGUGUUUUUAAUCUAUGGAAUAAUUAUCUUCCUGUAUUUUGAUUUCUUAGAUCAGAAUUUUUUAAUGCCAUCUUCAUUAAUUUGCCAAUAUGAUUUAAGUCAAAACAAUGUACUAUAUUGUAUAUUCUAUCUUUCUUGCAAGUGGCAGAAAGCAAGGUUAUGUGCAUGGCCAUGUGUUUGUAGGUGCAUGUGUUGAAACAGGAAGUAUCCUAGUAUGUACUUAGAUAAGAAAAACUUCUGUGCUAGUGUUGACUUUGAAAUUAUAAUAUGUAUACCUAUA